CAAAAGUGAUGAAAUUUAUAUCACUUGGUAGAAUGAUAAAGGCAUUUGAUGGACUAAGUUUGAUAAGAAAAAAUUUGAGGACCAAAUUUAGAUAAGUGAUAUAUUUGAGGGACACAUCAAAUUAGUGGUAGUAAAUUUAGAUUUUUCCCUGAAUUUAUGCUUUCAUCACUUGCAGUGAGAGCGACGCAGGUGUUAAAGACCAACUCCCAGAAUUCUUAGGCCGGAAAUGCCUUAUGGAAUAUUGGUAUGGCAGGCUGUCCGCUGUUUUAUGCUCCCUCUGCGAGUAAUGCUUUCCCUGCGUCCCCACCACGCAACGGGCCUCGCCCACAAGAAAAUUCACUUCUAGACCUAGCGCUGAAGACCAACAAUAAAUGUACUAGCCGCCUCGUCCGACUACCAGGUCAAGUGCGUCAUGGUUGUUGCGGUGGUAGAAUUCACAGUCCUAGAACAGCCUCUAAUUAUGUAGAUGACGAUAUCCAUUCGCUGUUGCAGAUUCUUCCACAUGAUCUGCGCGAGAAUAUUUUGUGCGACUCAAACAGGGCUCAACUUUUGGAGGUGACACUGGAUCUGGGCCGGCUGCCGCAAGCAUGUUAUUUAGGUGAUUCCGAAAAGCGGGACCUUAGGAAGAAGGAGGUAUCAAUGGAAGAACUGGAAUAUGCUCAAAAUGCACUUGGAGAAUUUGGAGGCAACAAUAGAACUGGCAUUGCAGGCACUUUACAUCGGGUAUCUGCCAUCAGGAAUAAGAAUGGGAGAGUUGUUGGUUUGACUUGCCGACUUGGCAGGCCAGUUAGAGAAAUAAUUGAAUUGACUCGGGAUUUGCUUGAGUAUGGUAAAAGCAUCUUGUUUCUGGGAAGGCCUGGUGUUGGAAAAACUACAGCCAUAAGAGGGAUAUCUCAUGUCCUGUCAGAUGAGCUUCUUAAGAGAGUGAUUAUUGUUGACACAAGCAAUGAAAUUGGGGGUGAUGGGGAUAUUCCACAUCCAGCAAUAGGGGGAGCACGGAGGUUGCAGGUUCCUGAUCCAUGCAUGAAGCAUAAAGUCAUGAUUGAAGCAGUAGAAAAUCACAUGCCUGAGGUGAUCAUUGUUGAUGAGAUUGGCACCGAAGCUGAAGUUCAUGCUUGCCAUACUAUUGCACAGAGAGGAGUCAUGCUUAUUGGUAGUGCUCAUGGCAAGAAGCUGGAGAAUAUUAUUAAGAAUCCUAUCCUAUCUGAUUUGGUUGGAGGGCUAAAAACAGUAAUCUUGAGUGAUGAAGCAGCUAGGACCAGAAAUUGCAAGAAAAUCAUUCUCGAGAGAAGAUCUGCUCCAGUAUUUCCUUUUCUGAUUGAAAUGAGGGAAAUGCACUACUGGGUUGCUCAUCGGACUGACAAGAGUGUGGAUGAGUUGCUUCAAGGAAAAAAACCGCUGGUUGAGGUAAGGCGCAUAGAUAAGCAAUUCAAAGUUGUGAUUGAAAGAUGGAAAGUAGAGGACUGAUAUUUGCUCCUUAAUCAAGAUAAUGGGAUGAAUACAUAAACAUAGUUAACUUCAGCUAUGAAGUUGUGCUGACAAGAUGCUACAAGCAACUAUUUGCAGAUUCAUAGAAACGCCUAUUUCUGGAUUGCUCAAAUGGUGGUGCAUAUGUCUAUUCUUUUUGGGAUUUUGACUCUUCAAAGUCUUCUAACAUGCAUGUUUAUAUUGUUCAACAAAUUGCUUUUCCUUGUUACAUAUAUGUGGUUAGGUGCCACACAUUACCUUCA